GUGCAAGUGGAUCCAGUCGACAGUCAGCGGCUGCUGAGUGGCAGAAUGUCCCUGCAGAGCUCAAAGCCGGCGGGUAUCCUCAAAGAGAACUUUUCUUCGUGCCACAGAAGAGCCAGACGGUCGGGCAGGAUCCAGAAGGUGGUGCUUGCCGAGGAUCAUCGCCGCAAGAUGCCAGUAAUCCCGACCCAAGACAGCGCAACUACUACGCCACCUGGACAGCUUUCACGCUCAAGGAAUGCUUUGAAAUUUGCAGCUGGAAGCAGGACUGCACUGGCGUAGAGUUCUCCGAGAAUCACUCGUACUGCGAAGUUUGGAACGCUCCAAUUCAUUGGACGCAGCCGCUUGAUGGCUACCAGUGCUACCUCGCCUAUCCGCAGUCAGGACAGCCUGAUGGCAUCAGAUGGAAGGCUGGUUCAGCUGAAGUUGCGGUCUCUGGCAUGGCGGGGCCGAAGUCCACAGAUCUGGUCCUGGAAGCGGUUCUGGGAGCCGUGCUCUUGCUGGGCAUAGUGGCCGCGAUCCUAUGUGCCUGCAGACGAUGGAAAAAGCCUUCGAGGAGAGCCAAAGCUUCAGAAGCUGUCAAAAAGCGAGGGCUAGAUAUUGACACGACAGACAAACACACGGGUGAUGCAACGCAUUCCGGAGAUGAGCUGCAACCUUUGGUGGGUGGCGCAUCUGAGCUGUCAUCCCCAACGGGUAGCUUUGUUUCGGGUGUUGGGGGCCACACGUGGAAUCCAGCUUCGAACUUCUCUUUUGCAGCUUCCGGGCGGCCAGGGGUCGGCUACGAGGCGUUGAGUCAGGGAGCUCAGGCACCGGGCCCCGGUGCACAAGAUGGAGACCAGACCACCUACCUGCAGCAGCUGCGUCAAUGGCU